ACAUACUGACGCUGGAUGCAUAGUUUUACGGACACAGCCGAAUGGAGACGAUUUGGGCAAGCCGACAAAACAGUUACGGAAAAGGGCGAGUUCAGCCGAGUGCGGCAGUCCACACGCAGACACACAGCCUGCUUACAGGUAGACUUUCAGAUACAUCUUGUCGUUGUCAACACAGAUAUUGUCAAACUGAUGGCUACCCGGAACGGAAACAAUAUCAAGGAUAAUUUCCUGACGUGCUCCAUCUGCUUUGAGACGUACACAGACCCGUGUACACUGACCUGCCACCACACCUUCUGUCAGAGAUGUAUCACCAAGUACAUCCAAACCAGACCAGAUGCUGUUCAGUCCAAGACGAUCCCCUGUCCCUGCUGUGGACAAGAUACCAUGGUGCCCCACCCCAGCAGGCCAGUGGAGGAGUGGGCGGGGCAGAUCAAACCCAGCAUCAUUCUACAGAAGUUGACAAACAAACCAGUGUUAACAAACAAUUGCUGCACAAUCUGUCAGCAACUAGGGGAGAUAACUGCAGGAGUCUUGUGGUGUCCUGAAUGCGAAGUGGACCUCUGUGAAAGAUGCGUGAAGAUACAUUGGGUGAGCCCUAUGUCAAGUGACCAUGACCUCUUUGACCUGCAAACCAGAGAUAAGGGGGGAGAGAGUAAAAGCGACAAGCCGACCCCACAGAUUGAGACGGCUGACCACAAUGACAAAGGUAAAGGUAAUCUCAAGGCACCGAUGCUGGUCAACACCAUUGAUACCUAUCGGAUCAGUGGCAAAAUGUCCUUUAAUAUCCGUGACGUCGCAGUCCUGGUUGUAGACGGUGUACAGACAGUUGUAGUCACUGACGGGGACAAUCACUGCAUAACAUCCUUCUACACCAGAAGAAAGACGCCACGUUUCAGUACGGGUCGUGUGAAACAAUCUCCAUGGGGUGUAACACAGCUGAAAGAGAAGCAGGUACUGGUUGCUGUCCCCGAAUCAUGUGAAAUUGUCACAGUGGGUGUCAGCCCUGGCCUGGCGUUGCUAUCAACCAUUACAACACGUACUGGGUACUACAGUCUCGCUGUUCUGAGUCCUUCAUCUCUAGCAGCAAGUACAGACUAUUGUGUUGAUAUCCUGGAUAUGUCGGGGCUCGUGUUGAGGUCAGUUAAUGCAUACAACAAUAUGCGACUAUUUACCUACCCCGACUACAUAUGUGUCAACAACAAGGGCAACAUACUCGUGUCUGACUGGGGGGAGAAGUCUGUGACAUGUCUAACAUCAGAGGGGGAUGUUGUGUGGAGAUACGUCCCUACCGGAGACAGAGAACUCGGUGUUCCUCAUGGUAUUUCCACUGCCAGGACGGGAGACAUACUUCUGGUGGACAGUAAUUCCAACAAGGUCAUACAACUGACAGAGACGGGAGAGUUUGUCAGAGACGUCCUCACGUCAGACGGUAACGUGUCUGGCCUGAAGAGUAUUUUCUGUCAUGCACGCGAAUCCUUCUUCAUCUGUUGUAAUGCUGAAGUGAAGGAGUACAAAUGUAGUCCAUACUAACUCGGUCGUGCUACAAGAGAGAUCAAGACAACUAACAAAGGCAAGGUUUUGUCGAGAUCCAGUACCAAGUAGUAUGAUAAGUAUCCGCUCAACAAACCAAGCCCUUAACAGGAUUGUGGACGAUAACAAUAGUGAUUAGUGUCAGAGUAUAAAACGAAAACUAUUGAAACUCACAGGGUACAUGGUCUAUGUCACAACGUUUAGCUUACUAAAUAUAUAUAUACAAUUACUCUCUGUAAAAUAGUAGUAUAUGAAGCAUAAAUAAAGAUGACACUACAAUUCCGACCCAACCCAUAAUGGUAUUGCAGUGUUGGAGGACUGUUGUGAGAGACAUGAUGUUAUUUCUUCAGGGCACGCAAUUUUGCUGGGAAAGGAGAAUCCGAACAAUUUAUUUUUUCACAAUGCUUUUUUUUCAGGGCAGACAGAGAACAAAUUUUGGUGAUAAAAUCUGAUAAAUAAUUACUAGUUUAACAUUAUUCAAAUGGUUCAAGAAUUUGUCUUCUAAAUGCAUCUUCUUUUUCUUUGUUUCUGAAUAACCAUGUCUUUUUAUUCGUCAUAAUGGUCUGCGCGGUCGUUAUACGUAAUAACCACGUCAUUGAAAAUUAUUGGUUUUAUACUAUGUCCAUGCACGCAAGUCGCAACCUGUUUGCCUGGCUUCAUUAUCUGUAUGUUAUUUACCUGUGUUUAUCAUCAAUGUAGUAGUUACCUGUAUCCAUCAUCUUUGUAGUAUUUACCUGUAACCAUCUUCUGUGUACUACCUAUAUUCACUAUCUGUGUAGUAUUUACCUGGCUUUGUCAUAUAUGUAGUAUGUGCCUAACUUCGUCAUAUAUAUGUGAAAAUGUAUAUGAUAUAUUUUAUAAAUAAAGUGGACACAAAUAUUCCUACCAACCAUU